AUGGCGGAGAAGUCUGACCACAUGGAGGAGCACCUGGAGAAGUUUGUGGCACAAACAUGGCAGCUCAACAGCAUGGCCAGCGACUUCCAGCCUAGCAGCCAGACCAGGCUCAACCAGAAGCUGAACUUCAUCGUCACUGGUUUACAGGAUAUAGAUAAGUACAGAGAGCAGCUUCAUGACAUUACUGUCCCUUUAGAAGUGUUUGAGGGGCCGGGGAGAUGGCUCAUGUUUGAGUACAUCGAUCAAGGUUGGAACCCCCAGCUCUACACCAAAGAGUGCCUGGAGAGGACUCUAGCCAAAGAUGAGCACGUUAAAGGCAAAAUCGACACCAUGAAGAAAUUUAAAAGCCUGUUGAUUUAA